AUGUUUGAUUUUGACAAUAUUGUGGUGUUUUUAGGCAGAGCAGUUUCAGAUAUGCUUCUGAAUAAUCUUUGUGAAGUUUUUAAUAGCAAAUUGAUUGAGGGAAAGGACAAGCCACUGAUAACCUGCUUGGAGUACAUUAGGGAGUAUAUGAUGAAAAGAAUAUGCAAUGUCAUAAAGGUGCAAAAGAAGUGUGUUGGUCCACUAACCCCAUCUGCAACAAAGAUCAUGGAGAAGAAUGUGAAUUGGGCAUCUCAGUACAUAGUUAGGUGGAAUGGGUCAGAUAAAUACCAAGUGCAAGGGCCAUGGCAGGAUCAACAUGUUGUUGACAUGGUUGAAAGAGUAUGUAGUUGUAGGAAGUGGGAAUUAACAGGACUCCCUUGUAAGCAUGUCAUUGCAGUCCUAAAUGACAAAGCAGAUAAUCGUGAGGAAGUUGGAGAACUGCACACUUAUGCCCACAGGGUGCACUGUCUAGAAACAUGGAAAGCAGCUUAUGUGUACAAGGUAGAGCCUAUUAAAGGUCGAGCAAUGUGGCCUAUAAGUGAAUUCCUAAUUAAAAUCACCCCUCCUCUACACAAAAAUCAGCCUGGAAGGCCCAAGAAAAAGAGGAGGCGAUCUGCUGAAGAGAAAAGCUAG